AUGCUUAAUUUUAACUGUGCAUUAAUGCUGGUACUGAUGUUAAGAAAACAUAUCACAUGGCUACGUACAAAAGGUGCUGUAAUUUUAUUACCACUUGAUUAUCAUAUUGAUUUACAUAAAAUAAUUGGUAUUAUUCUAUUGUGUGAAACAAUCCUACACACACUUGCGCAUAUAGCUUAUUUGAUUUAUGUAUUCAAAAUGUGUCCAUUACCAAAGGAUAUUGGUUAUGUUUGUCAGAAUAAUCCUUCUCUCAAUAGUACAAAAUUUUAUCGUUAUGAUUCGCGCCUCGAUUAUUGUGUUCCAUUUGAUUAUAAAGGAUGUGGAGGAAAUUUAAAUAAAUUUUCAACUGAAGCAUUAUGCACGUUACGUUGUUCUGUUUACAAAUAUUCUCACCAUCAUAUCACAGAACUCUUUUUUACGGCAAAAAUCGGUUUCGGCUAUUUUACUGGAAUUGUGGAACUUCUUCUAUUGGCACUUAUCUAUGUUAUGUGUCUACCAUUUGUACGAAAAGGUGGUCAUUUUCAGUUGUUUUAUUGGUGCCAUAUGUUAACAUUACCUUGGCUAGGUAUUAUGUUACUUCAUGGACCAAGAUUUUGGAAAUGGUUAUUAGCACCAGCUCUUCUUUAUACAAUUGAAAAAAUUUUACGUUAUCGUAAAUCACGCUCUCAUAAACAUGGUGAAACUUACAUAAUGGAAGCAAUUUUAUUACCAUCACAGGUGAUCCAUUUAGUCAUUAGUAAACCGCGAAAAUUUAUCUAUAAACCAGGUGAUUAUAUUUAUAUUAAUAUUCCUGCCGUAGCACAUUGUGAAUGGCAUCCAUUUAGUAUCAGUAGUGCACCUGAACAUAAAGAUAGUAUUUGGUUACAUGUACGUGCAUGUGGUCAUUGGACACGACGUGUUUAUGAAUUAUUUCGACAAAAAUUAAAACAACAACAUGGUGGUAUACUCGAUGAUUACAGUGAUCUUCGUCUACGUAUAUCGAUGCGUUCACGCAUGUCAAGAAGUUAUAUUGAAGAAUUACGCGGUAUAGAAAAAAAUAAUAAUCAAUCAGACAGUCGAUUAGCCACACUGAAUAACAAAGUAUACCCUGGUUCUUUUACAAUGCCAAAACAUACUCAUGAAUCAAUGUCAGUCACUAGAAGAUCCAUGGCAAGUUUACGCGAAGUCAAAUUACAACGUAUUACAGAAACGGAUAGUGGUCAAUUUAACGAUGAUAAUAGUGAAAAUAUUCGAAUGAUGAGUAAAACUGUUGUAUUAGAUCCGAAUAAUUUAACAAAUAUGACCACAGAUGAAAAUGAGAAAAUAGACUAUGAUCAAGAAGGCACAAUUGAUAUAAAUAGUAUACGAGCUACUACAUCACCUACUGUUGAAUUUAAAUCAAGUCAAAUACGUAACAGUAUAUCGGUAACGACAAAUAAUGGUCGUAGUAGUUUCAAUAUACGUAUACCAAAAACACCUGAUGAUGACAGUCAAGAGCGACCAUCGGAUGCACUAGGCUAUUUGAGAAUGUAUAAAGAUCGUAAUCGUAUUGAUUUUGAAUCAUUACAGUUUAAUGAACGAGAAGAUUUACAGAUUUUAAUCGAUGGUCCUUAUGGUGCACCAUCACAGCAUAUUUUUGAAGCAGAACAUGCUGUUUUGAUUGCUGCUGGUAUUGGUAUUACACCGUUUGCAAGCAUCCUUCAAAGUAUUAUGUGUCGAUACAGAAACCGACGUCAUAAAUGCCCUAAAUGUCAUAGUAUUUGGAAUAAUAGUGCUGAUCAUGAACAACUUGCCGUGAGAAAGGUUGAUUUUAUAUGGGUAACACGUGAUCAACGUUCAUUAGAAUGGUUUAUUAGUUUACUAUCACAAAUGGAAAUUGAACAAAAACGUUUACGUGCCGGUGAACAUGAAGAUCCUUUGUUAGAAGUUCAUCUUUAUGUCACGUCAGCUCGUCGUUUAAGUGAUUUGAAAGCAUUAAAUGUUUAUCUAUCAUUAGAUUUAGUUGAACAUAAAGAAAAUAAUCGUGAUAAUUGGGAUGCGGUUGAUGGAAUUAGACGACGAACAAAACAUGGUCGACCGGAUUGGGAUCAAGUAUUUACCGAAUUACUUUGUCAAAAGAAAGGUAAAAUUUCUGUAUUUUACUGUGGACCACCGGCAUUAGUGCCCGAUUUGAACGAUAAAUGUAAACAAUAUGGAUUUGCAUUCAAAAAAGAACUAUUUUAA